CCUCCUGUGUUGGAGGAAGUCCCCCCUCCCAACUGCAUUCCUUCCCCCGUGUUUCUCUUCCUGGUUUCAGCGAUGGCGUCUGCAGACUUGAGAGCUGAGCUGGAAUGUUCCGUCUGUCUGAACAUUUAUACAGAUCCUGUAAUGCUGAGAUGUGGACACGACUUCUGCCCGGUCUGUAUAAAACGUGUGCUGGAUACACAGGGGGAGGCUGGAGAUUACUUCUGUCCUGUGUGCCGAAAAAGGUUCAGGAGUCGUCCUGCACUGCAGAGGAACAUAACACUACGUAACAUCGUGGAGAAUUUCCAGUCUGCUCAUGCAGACCAGGAGGAGUCCGGGGUCUUCUGUACUCACUGUGUGGACUCUCCUGUACCUGCUGUUAGAUCCUGUCUGUUCUGUGAGGUUUCUCUAUGUGAUAAACACCUGAGAGUCCACAAAAAGUCCCCAGAACAUAUCUUAUGUGACCCCACCUUGUCCAUGGAGAGCCGGAAAUGCUCCGUCCAUAAGAAGAUCCUGGAGUAUUACUGCACUGAGGAUGAGACCUGUAUCUGUAAGUUUUGUGUGAUUGGAGGACAUAAAGGACAUAAGAUGGAGUCACUGGAUGAGGCGUCUGAGAAGAAGAAGGAGACACUGAGGAAUGUUCUGCAGAAAAUUCUGACAAAGAAAGAGGAGACGGAGGAAAGAGUCCAGAGUCUGCAGGAACACAGGAGGAAAGUAGAAGAAAAAGCAGCUGGUGACACUGAGAGAGUCACUGUCCUGUUUAGAGAUCUCAGGAGACGUCUGGAAGAUCUGGAGAAGAGAAUCCUGAGGGAAAUCUCCGGGAGGGCAGAGCUGAUCUCCAUCUCCAUCCGGGAUCUGGAAAUAAAGAAGGAGGAGCUGUCCAGGAAGAUGCGUCACAUUGAGGAGCUGUGUAACAUGACGGAUCCACUGAAUGACAGGAAAACUGUAUCCUGGUCAUAUAGAAACCAGAAUCGUCCAGAAACUCCAGAGAGAUUUUUUGGUCAUCCUCAGGUGUUGAGCAGUCAGAGUUUCUCCUCAGGGAAACAUUACUGGGAUGUGAAUGUCUGGUGGUCAGAUGGAUGGAUAGUUGGAAUGUGUUACCCCAGUAUAGAGAGGGGAGCAAAGCCGUCAUUUAUUGGAUGGAAUAACAAGUCCUGGGGUUUGUUCAAAAAAGAUAACCGAUAUGUGGCGGUACAUAACGGUAAAGGGACCCGCUUACUUGUUAACGUCAAUUACACAGUCAGGAUAUAUCUGGAUUAUGAGGCCGGGCGGAUCUCCUUUUAUGAUCUGUGUGGCCCGAUCCGACUCCUCCACACCUUCACCACCACCUUCACCGAGCCCCUCCAUGCUGGGAUAGGUGCAUGGAGAGGUAAAAUAAAGAUCUGUGGGGGUAAUCAGAAGAUCUGA